UGACCUCGAAUUUCUUGAGGAUGAUGCGGACCACCAGCUGUCAGCAGGCUCCGAAGAAGACGAUGAAGAUUCGUUCGCUGAAACAGGCUUAUUGUUGUCGGAGAUGAAACAACAUCAGAAGCUCAGUCCGCGCGUUGGGCUCGGUGGCAGCAGCACCAGCGGAGUGGCGGUUUCGAACAGGAACGGCAAGGCAACCAGAACGACGCGGGUCGGUAUCAGUGGCAGCUUCAGCGGUGGCGCCGGUACAACGGGUCCCGGUUCCCCACCUCGCAAGACGGCUGUUGGUUCAAAGGGUUCGAGAAAUACAAAAGUUUUCGACUCCUCCUCUCCGAGCAAAAACAGUAGCAGUAGGAGGACGACAGCAAUGAUGUCACCUGGACGAACAUCAAACCGAAUCCGAGACACGCAGAUAGGUUUUUCACCGUCUCUGUCAUCAGCUGAUCAACCUGACUUUCCCGCCUCGUCGAGAAAAACCACCCUGAUGCCGGUGUCCUACGAGGACGAGUUCUGUGAGCAGCAGAUCCUUCCACCGCCCCCCACACGAAUGUCCAUGAUGUACCGGGGAAACCGGGUGUCCUCCAUGUUCGCGCAGUUGCAGCCAAAAAAACGCGAGGCCGAGCUGCUACUGGAGAACGUUUUGAAUGAAAAGUCGACUAUCAAGGAAAAACGAGCCACCAUGUUCUUCUCUACUCCGACCAAGGAUGGCGGCGGUCCGGUCCGGAGGAGCGGCUGGAAUGGUGGAGGUCUGCGGAUGACGAAAAUCUCCGAAGACGGAACAUCCAGUGCUGGUGGAACAAGAUCCACGACCACGCGGGCCUCGUCGCGGAAGAGCGGCACGGCAACGAACGAUUUUUCGCCCAGAAUGAAUAAUAACACAGCUGGAGGCGGCUCUGGACGAAGUAGUAGCAUGAGGCCUGGUUUUGGUCUCCCUGGGAACAGAAUGAAUCGCUCGUCAAGAACAUCGCCGACCUCUUCGCGUACAACCAGGGCUGCUGGCCCUGUUUUAUCUCCGCAAAAUAUGCACAUGCGAAAGACUAGCAGUCGCAAAACACAGAUUUCGAUGCGGAAGACGAACAGCCGAAAAACGACGCUGGGGCGGGAUCUCGGGCUCUUUGCGUCGAUGGAAGAUGAAAUAGAUGAAGAGGCGGGAAUGGGCUUGGAAGAAGAGUUCGAUGAAUCCACAACAGCAUUGCAAGGCGAGCAAGACUUGGAACAAACGAAUGUUCAAAACAAUAGAAAGCAGUCCACCUCCAAACGAGUGGUCGACAGCACCACCUCUGGUAGGAAGAGCGCAAGACCGGGAGGCGCACUGUCAGGAGGAGCGGGACCUCAAGGGGCAGCAGCCAGCAAGAACAGGGCAAAAAACCACAUCAACAGUCGCCGGACGGUAGGUCCGGGCUCGGAAGAUGGAUCCUCGUGCGCAGUUGGAGAAGAUGAAGAGCAGAAAAGCGGUGUUGCCGACGUCGGUAAUCUUCCAGGAACUGAUCAGCGUACCGACGGCAGCAGUGCUUUCAGCGCGUCUCAAUCUCAAAGCAACACAUUUUUCCAGCCUGCAGAAACGCCGACCAUUGUGCUCAAUGGUGGUGCACCAGAAGGAGCAUCUGCAGUAGCAGAAUCUGAGCUGCAAUCUUCAGGCUCUCUUCGCUUCGGGCCGAAAGAUCCGGCAGCCGAACUGGUAACAUCAGCACCUGCCGCGAAUCCCGGAGGAGCAAAAGAAGCGGACGGGGACCUGCACAAGCCUCAACUCGCGAGCAGACAGACGCCCGCGCCGGCCACCGCUCUGCAGUACAUCCCGCGACUGCACCAAACGCCGCGACUGGUGCCGGGGAUGGGUACCGGCAAAAAUUUUGCGAAAGGAACUACAAUGAUGAACUCCGAUCGAGAAAAGGAUUUCAAAGUCAUCAUCCUGUUCGCCGACACCGAGUCGCGGAGCAUUUGCGAAGUAAAGUUGCGGUUUGGAAUUUUAUCCGGGAAACAGUACUGCAACAGGGAGCUGCUAUUCUUUUCUACAAGUUCCGGCAGGACUAUAAGUGGAAGUCAGCAGACAAAAAACUGUGGCAACCUGCUCAACACGGGAUUUAUUCUGCGCGAAGAGGGAGACGGUCCUGGUUACGUACAGAAGAGCGACGCCAAAAGCGCUAAGCAUCUGGCGAAUCUGAUUCUGCAGCAGUAUGGAGGAUUGAAGCCUGGAACUACUACUGGAUCGAACAGCAAAGCGGCACUUCACGGUGCCGCGUCUCAACAUCAAGUACCAAAGAGCAUCGGAAAAAGAGUUUACUUCUUUGUCGGUACGAGUGCUAGUGGUCAUUCCAACACCAGCAGAACCACGAAAAAAGCUCUUCCAUUAGUGCCGAACCCCGCGGACCUCUUCGUCAACACCCGCUUCGGAAGUCCGAACAGCGGGAAAAAAUCCAAUUUUCUCACGACAGGAGCUGCGAGCAAAGCUGCUCACCUACUGAGAAGGGGCAGCGUCAUGUUCCUGUCAGCUGCAGCAGAUGAUACUCAAAAAAAUAACACCGCCGACGACCGAGCGGCGGAUAGCAGCGAUGAGGAAGAGCAACUUGUUGGAACCAGAACAGGAAAAAGAGAUGAACAAAACCCACGCUCUUCUUCAUCCUUUAGUACUUCUGCGGUUGCAAAGUCGAAAGAACAUUAUGUGAAGAUGAAAAGCGACCACUUCGCCCGGUCCGCGGACUGCUUGAAUGCGUUUGAAAUCGCGGAAAUGCUCUACGAGUCCGAAGAUCCGAUGGUUUUGAAACCAACCGUGCACUCGUUUUCCUUCGACUACGCUACGACGGCAGAUUUGGAUCGAGGAGGACUCAUGUUUUUCAGUUUGUGAUGCCGGGGAUACAUGAUUGGUGCAGUAAAUGCACCGCGGUCGAGGCGGACGCAAAAAGACAUGAUGAGGAUGCUGCGCAGGAAAUGCGUAGGUGGGAAGUCUGUGUUGCAAAAACACAAACCUUCACUUCUGAUUCUCUAUCUGGUCAUUUCAACUCAUUCAUUUGUAAAACGCGG